GCGGGGCGGGAGCGCUGCCCGGCCGGCCCACACGCCGCUUCCGGCCGCCACCGCGCCUGCGCCGCCGGGCACCGGGGCUGAGGGGGUGCGCCAGGGGCCGGGCCGCGGCUGCGAGGCUGCCCGGGCUCGGGGCCGCGCCGCCCGCUAAUGAAACACAACACGCCCCGAACGUGAACUCUUCUCCAUCCCGUGCCAGCCGCUCGCUCGCGUCCCGCUUGAGAUGCCGGCUGCUCCCGGUGCAGCUGUUGUAGCAGCGCCCGGCACGGGGAGGGGACGGCGAAGCAGCGCGCUCGGUACGUGACAGCCAGAGCCGCCGGAGCGCUCCGCCCGCCGCAGGACCCCGGACUACAACCCGGAGCCUGCCGGGAGGAAGCGCAGGGACGCGCCGCAGGAAGCGGGGCACGGCGGCGCCGCCGUAGCGCUGCCGCGGUCCCGCACGGCCGCCCCUGAGUCACCGGAGCGGCUUGUGCGGGGCCGAGCGGCGGGGCUGGGCCGGCACCUCCUCAGCCCUGCCCUGCCCUGCUGGGAAGCACAGCCCGGCCGAGGAAGCGGCGAUAGCGGCGCCUGCGGAACCAGAUUCAAGGAUCACAAAUAACUGCCCAGUAAAAACAAGCCAGGAAAACAAUCCUACGUGGCAACAAUGAGUUAAGGUAGAGCUCCUGCAAUGCUGAAAACACUGAAUCUCUGUACAAAUUUGCUUUCUACUUUCAGCUGGAUAGAUUUGGUGAGGUGUUUCCACUUCUGUAAGCUUCCAGGAAGAGUUAUGGGAAUCCGCCUACUACGCUUCACCUCUGUGGUGAUCAUUGUCUUGCUUCUUGUGGCAGGGGCUUUAACAGCUUUGCUUCCCACUAUCAAAGAUGACAAAUUGCCCAAUUCAAGAAGGGAACCAAAAACCCAAAGUCAGUCUGCCUUGGAUUCAUUCACUCUUAUUAUGCAGACAUACAAUAGAACUGACUUACUGCUAAAGCUUUUAAAUCAUUAUCAAGCAAUCCCCCACCUACAUAAAGUAAUUGUUGUGUGGAACAACAUUGGUGAGAAGACACCAGAGGAAAUGUGGAAUUCUUUGGGGCCUCAUCCUGUCCCUGUUGUCUUUAAAGUUCAAACUGUAAAUCGUAUGAGAAACAGACUGCAGAAUUUCCCUGACCUGGAAACAAAAGCUGUUUUAAUGAUGGAUGAUGACACACUAGUCAGUGCUCAUGACCUUGCUUUUGCCUUUUCUGUUUGGCAGCAAUUUCCAGAGCAUAUAGUGGGAUUUGUUCCUAGAAAGCAUAUUUCUACUCCUUCAGGUGUAUACAGUUAUGGCAGCUUUGAAUUGCAGAACCCUGGAUUUGGAAAUGGAGAUCAGUAUUCUAUGGUGCUUAUCGGUGCAGCAUUUUUUCAUAGUGGGUAUUUAGAAGACUUUCAACAGCAGCCAGAAGCAGUUUAUGCCUUAAUAGAUGAAACUCAAAAUUGUGAUGAUAUUGCCAUGAAUUUUCUGGUAGCCAAGCAUACUGGAAAGCCUUCAGGAGUGUUUGUGAAGCCUGUUGACAUAAGAAAUUUAGAAAAAGACACUAACAGUGGCUAUUCUGGAAUGUGGCACCGAGCAGAGCAUUUGUUACAGAGAUCCUACUGUGUAAAUAAACUGGUUAAUAUUUAUGAUGGCAUGCCCUUAAAAUAUUCUAAUAUCAUGAUUUCUCAGUUUGGUUUUCCUAAUUAUGCCAAUCACAAAAAUAAAAUAUAAGCCAAUGAAUUUAAGGUGUUAAAUGUUAAACAAUACUCAGUGAAUUGUACUGAGUUCAAGGAGAGAAGGUAUAAUUACUGCAUCUUGGCCAUCCCUCUUUGUAGCCUCUGAUUUUUCUCCACUAGGCUUUAUAUGUAUUUUCUUUCUAACUAAUUCACAAAGGUAAGUUUUGAGAAAAGAAUAUAUAAAAAAAAAACAUUUUAUUAAAGAAUAUAUAGUCAUGCUUAGCUGUGAUAAAAUCAUCCUCUUUCCUUAAAAUCUGAAAAGAUACUCUAAUUAAUUAGGCCAGUUCUUCAGAAAUAUGCAGACAAAAAUGCACUCCUACUCUUCAGAUCUUAACGUUUGGAUUUUAUUUUCCUUGAGUAUACAUAUCCUGUCAAAUGAGGUCUAGGCAUAUUUUUGACAGUUAUGUGUUGAGAUGCUUCCUUGCCUUCCCACUCCUCACCUGCUCCUACCCAGUUUCCAGUGAAGCUGUAGAAGAGCUACAGUGAUCUGCUGGCCAGGCUUCUGGCCUCCUGUACAAAACCCCUUUGAAGUUUGUAUAUAAGCUACUCAGUGUUCUGAGAUGUUCUUGAAGCUGCUAUGAAAGCCAGAAGAGUACCUCACCUUAAUCUCAGAUAGUCCUUAAACUAUUGCCUACAAUAUCUAUUCUUGCUGAGUUAAUGGAAAAUGAUCUCUGAUGUGGCUUUUUUUUCUAUUAUUGAUUUGCCUAGAGUUGCUAAAACACUGCAAGCAGCUGAAGGUAAAUCCUAGUGGUUGAAAAUACAAGAAACAUGAAUACAUGAAAUAUGAAACUUAUAUAAGCAGCCAGAAGAAUUGGAUGGAAUGUUACUUAUUAAUAUUCUCUUUAAUACUUACUUUUAUUUUGAUAUUUUGCAUAUACAGUAAUUACAAACAUGCACCCAGGAAAAUAUUCACUUUGUUUUUGUUAAAAAAUUCUUAUUUACUGUUCCUAGAAAGAGCAAGGUGUUCAACAUUAUUAGAUUUUGUGAUUUUACAGGUCUAUUGGUUAUUUUAGCUACUCUUUCAAUGAGUAUUUACUUUUUAGUUCCUUUUUUCCUCUGUUUUUGGUGGCUAUGACAACAGACUUAAAAUGUACAAUAAAUAGGUAAAGCAUUAUGAAAAAAAAAGUACUUUAAGGUACAGUGAUACUUGACAGGGAUGGACUAUUAUCAGUCUCUGAAUUCCCUAACUUUAUUUAUAGCAAGAAACAGAGCUGCUGUUAAUGGCUUUUGUUAGAUUGGGACUUUCUAGUCCUGUAAACCUUCUAUUGACAUAGAAAGAGUAAACCUUUUCCAAUGAAAUUGCAGAAGGGUUGGGCUUUUUUUAUAGUAUGGAGGAGAGAAUAAAAGACAGUGAUUUUCCUGGAUCACAGAAUCAGAUUUGACAUCCAAAGCAGAUUUAGUUUCCUCUCCAUCAGCUUUUAAUUGAUUCUUAGAAUCAAUUCAAAGGUAGUAGCUGUGGGCAACCAGUCAUAGCUAAUACCUAGUACACAAAGAGCAUCUGCAAAAAUGGUGUAUAAUUUUAUCAUUUUUUUGUAAGAAGUUAGCUGAACAAAGAGUGAAAUAUACGAGAAGUUCUUUACAGCAGGGUGUGAGUCUUUAGGGGGAACGAAGGAUUCUUUUACCUUCUUCUAUCAGUAUUAAAGGAUUUGAUUUCUGUUCAGUGAAGUCUUCCUAGUACUUUUGUAAGAUUUAAAGGGCAGAAUCUUAACAUGGCAAUGUAAAAUCUGCUUAAUUUUGUUGUAAUAGUGAAAAGUAGUUUUUAAUUAUUGUGCUGUAGUGCUAAGUCGUAUACAAACAGGUCUAUGAUCUUUCCAGAAUUGCAAAUUUCCCAGUGGUAGUUUACUGUGUUUCAUUUACUUACUCUUCUUCCAUGAUUUCUGUUCUGUGCAGUAUCAACUAGAGUUGUGAAGAUUCACAGUUGUCGUUAACCUUACUUUUGAAAUGUGACAUGAAAUGUUAACUCAGCCAAGUCUUAGUAUUGGGCUCCUUGUUGGAGUGAAGGAGUUGUUUUGGUUUGGGGGGGGUGUUUUUUUGUUCUUCUGUAUCAGUGAAAUAAUUAACAGAACAAGCUUUUAAUGAUACUGUUAAAUUUAAUUUGCACCAUUGUAAAAUAAAAUACAGAAAGCAA